AUGUCCGCCCUGUCUGGCCAAAUCUUUGCUGCUUCGUCCAAUCCUGUCGGCAACAUGCGGAACAAGACUCACAGCUCAUCGAUGUCGUCUCGAUGGCGCUUCAAUCGAUCCACCGCGACUCUGCAGGAACCGGAACGGUCACCAUCCGUCGCAUCACAAACACCGUCGAUAGCGAAGAAACAGGCCCCGUUGCCAGCACCUCCUAAGAAAGUGGAACGCGUAGCCUCCAAGAUGUCGUUGUUCAGCCUCUUCAGUAAACCCAAAGUAGAGAAAGCUCGCGGGCACACCGAGGUUGGCCUUGCCGUACCAAUGCGACCGCAGACGCCACCUAAACCCAGCCCACCGAUCUCCAUACCCAAGUCUUCUCUCCGACAGAAUCCUUCUCCGCCCGCCCAGCAGACGAUUCGCGCACGCUCAAGCCAGAUCUUCCGACCCGUUUCGAUGCGACCAGCUGCAUUACACCACGAGUUCGGAAACUGGGAUCCACCUCCGCUGUUCCAGGCUUUCCCGCAGUCUUUGAAGCACGCUACCGUACAGGCAUGUGUGUUCGCCCCGGAGAUCCUGAUGAGGACACAAAGUCAGAGACAACAGGCUGAAUCGCUGCGCGAGAAGUUAGACAUCCAGCGCGACUUGUCUACCAUCGCAGAGAACGGCGCAGAGACUAAGAAACUAGAAAAGAACCACAAGCGCCUCAUGUCCAACUCGGUGCUGAACCCACAACCUCCGGAGCUUGUCAACAAGAUAUACAUUCUGGUCACGGCCGGCUUUGUGCUACAGUAUGCCGGUGAUGGCGCGUUCGAUCGCUUGCCUGAAAAGGUGCUCAAACUCGGCAAGGAAUCAGCGGCAUUUGCGUGCGAUCUCAUACCUGGCAAGCACUGGGUGCUACAGAUAUCCAGCCACGCAAGCGACGACGGAACAUUUGAAUCAGGACCAAAGAACUCUCUUCUUGCUCGGUUGCGAACACAAAAUGCCACCAUGCGCAAGACAGCCACAAGCUUUCUCCUCGUUCUUGAGAGUGCGGAAGAGAUGGACGAGUGGAUGACCAGUGUGCGUAAGGAGAUCGACAGCCUCGGCGGCAUGAAGGCAAAGGAUGACUACGCGCGAGCGUCCUCUUCUACAGAUGACUCCGCUGGCAAGAACUCCUCAGAAACAACUAGUCACCGGUACAGGGUCAACCGCGACCCAAAUGCUGUCAGCAGGAUCGUGUCCACGGAGCCGCAGCUUUCAACGUCGCCGAAAAUCGUGGCCUCUGAAUGGGACGCCAGUGAAAAGGACCAGACCAAGAUCAGCAUCGACUCUUCUAGUGGACAGUCGGCUCGGUACAACAAUAACAAUAACAGCCGCAUCUCAAUCGAAAUGUCAUCGGUUGCUUCGACGCCUGUCUCUCAGCAUCAAGUACAGCUUGACCAGCUUCGCGGACGGUCACGAUACUCGUUCAUGUCGACAGCGACGUCAGCUUCAGGCGCAGGCACCCGCAACACAUCGCGGGAGUCGUCUCCAGCACCACACUCCCCUCUCAAAGAUGAGUUCACCACUGGAGAGAGUGAGCCCAUGCGAAGUGCCAUGUCGCUGCGGUCAUUCCACAUGAACCCCAGUAACUCCAUGUCGUCUCGCCGCAGGUCAAUGCAGCCCUUGCCAAUCACUAAUGAGCACUUGAUCCAGACCACGACUGUGCCCUCUACAAUCAAGCGACACUCCUUGUACAGCCCGGUCUCUCCGACAGUGCCAGAACUAGGGAAGCCGUUCGUCGCGGGCCCGGUCGUACCAGUGAAGGAGGAGGCAGCUCAAAGCACGGUCGACAACGCGCCAGCCCGCUCGUCUCCCUCUCAGCCGAAGAUCGAUACUUCCGUUCAGGCCGCUAGCGAUGACGUUGUACCCACUCGUGAGGAUAGCCCAGUACGGUUCAACGCGCACAUCUACAGCGCUACACCUCGACGGGAUACCAUUUCACCUCCUCCCAAAGAACCUGCUCCUGUACCCCCGCCACCCGCCCAGCGUCAGUCAAUGAUGGGCCCGGCACCAAUGUAUGCUUCUACUGCCAGUGCUGGUGAUGGCAAGACUCGUCGCAGGAUCUCGCCAAAGCCCUUCUUACGGCCAUUUCCAGUUCGUCCUCAAGCACAGCAUGGCGACUCGUCCACGAUCCUGCCAAGGCGGCAGUCUUCUCUCACGCCUUCGCCAACACCUUCGCCACUGCCAUCUGGUAUGGUCAUGAACCGAUCGGUGACUGCCCCUGUAAGGCCGCCGUCGGCAGCUUCGAACAUGACGCCCACCACCAACCCACACAGUCUGCAUUCCGCGCAGGCAUCGCAACAACUGCGCCGUCCUGCUUCAGUACAAGUACGCUCAGCCGACCACGCGCCUUUCCUGUCAAACCGCCCAAUCCGCGCCAUCGCAUCCACACCGUCCUUUGUUCCCGGCCGAAGAAUGUCCAACGCACUUGCUCCAUCAUCAGACACCAGAUCUCACAAGCCAACACCUAGUGUCGAAGCACUCCGACAGCAAGCUUUCGCGCAGCAAAAGACAAUUACACCCCGACGAAGCCUUGCGUCCAUGGGCCUACCACCACCCGCCCCACCACCAACCAUGCCACUACCGACACUACCGACCCCACCGCGCAACCUAACUUCACCCACACCACCACCCAACAUGCCGCUCCCUCCACCACCACCAUCGAGCAUGGGUCUCCCAGCUCCACCACCCACCAUGCCACUGCCUCCUACACCACCCGAGGCCGCGCUACGUGCUUCGGCAGUCUAA